UGCAUGCUACUGCAGGGGCAGCUGCAGGCUGGAAUUGGAUCUAAUCAAUUGGUGGGCUGGAUUUUGCCUACUCCUGCUCUAUGGACAUCAAAUCUAGGCUUAUGCUUGGGUAGACAGUGUUUGGUUGCACAGUCUAUCUGGGUACUUAUACUCCAUGUAUCACCACUGUAUGGGAGUUCAGUGUGGGAAUGUGUAGCCUGACCAAUGUUGAGCUUUGAUUCCAUUUAUUACCAUCUCCUAUCUCUCUCAAGGCAUUACACUACGUACAUUCCCUUGACUUCUCUUCCCCUCAGUGGGAGAUAAAGGUGUGCAUUGUAUUACAUUUAUUAAUGGGAAGAUCUGGAAAGGAGAUUAUCUUCAUCUUGAAGACAGAAGCAAGAUAGGUUUGCAGUCAUUCUAACUUCUUGAAGGAAGAUGAAUCCAAGCCACAGACUGGCUCCCAAGAAAGCUCUGUCUCCUGCAGCCAACAGCUCCAUAGAAAAGCAGGCACUACUGAAAGUCCUGGUUGCAGAGAGGAUGUGGCUUCAAACCAUUUGAAUUUAGGACCAAUGAUCUGGUUCUGAAUGGAAACAACUUCACAGUCCCAGGCAUCAGCACAGUGCAUUCAUGUUGUCUUAGGCUGUGUGGCAAGUAUGCUCACGCAUGUUGAGCUGGUUGGAAGGUUUUCAGCACCUGUCAUUCCUUGAUGUGGCGGGUUUCAGGAGAUGAGCAGGGCUGUCACAAGGAAUCUGGGAGAAAAAGCUAUUCCCACGUAAGUGGAGAGCUGCUAUAUUAGAGCUCAAUGGUAACUUUUCUUGCUCUUUUCUCAGCUCCAGAUCUCUGAGCAGCAGGAACACAAAACACCUCGUGAGACUGCAAUCGCCAAAUCCUACCUUGUCUCUGUCUUGCAAUACUGUCACCCAAACAGUUCCUAUCGUUGAGUGUUGGGUCUUCAACUUCAAAAGCAGGCAACAAAGGCUAUGAAUGGGAGCAGUGUCUCUAAGCAGGAUGGAGAAGUUACUAGUUUAGGACACCCAGGUGUGCUGGAAAAAGAACCCAGUCUCCAAAGAGACUCUUUGUUCUCUUCUCCCAGUGUGCCCAACCUACCACAGCUCCUCAGCCAGACAAUAGGCAACAGGAUACAGGAUCCAAAAGUCAUUUACCCUUCUUCCCGGAUAAUGGAAUUGCUUCAUCAAGAUGGAGAAGACUCAUCUUCUAGGGAAGGAACACAAGCCCUGGCUCCUCCCUUGAGCCACACUCCCAUCUUCUGCUUUGGUGACAAAGACCAGUUUGGCAAUGAACACCUACGUGCCAAGAGGGCCAGAGUGGAAAGCAUUAUCCAAGGCAUGAGCCUCUCACCAAACCCUAUAGCACUUGGCACUAGUGUAGAAAGAGACAGAGAACAUAACACAGAGAAAAGGACAGAGAGCUGUAGGGAGAACAAAAGAAAGCAAAAGCUGCCCCAGCAGCAGAGUCCACAUGUGGCACAAUUGGUGGGGAUUAGCGCCAAUGCAGAAGAGCACCACUACCUAAAGGAACAGCUUCAAGUUCUGCAGCAGCAGCUGAGGCAACUCCAAGAGAAAUUCUUCCAGGUUCAUGAGCUCAAUGACUCUGAUCAAACCCGAGAAGGGGCAGAGCAGAUUAUGCACUUACUGACGGAGAAGCAUGGAGACAGUCUGGAGAAAAGCAUUCAGGCUCUCACCAGAGACCAGCACAAAGUUCUUUGCGGGAGCAGUUCAGAGAUGGAAGGCCACAAAGUGCUAGAGGAAGAAAGCAAAAUAGUCAUUAAAGGUGACCUGUCCUCUGAAGAAAGAACCCUUUCUGAGACACUAAAGGGUGAGCUGGCCAGAGUGGUGUCACAGGCAGUGGACUCUGUUUUGAAAAAGAUCUUUUCCAGCUUCCCAGGCCAUCUCUCUCAAAUGUAUGAUAGCCUCCCCAUGGCUACAACAGACAACAGAAGAGAGCAUCUUGCUUCUGUGGAAUGCUCUAGGAAAAAACAAUUUCCUAAAGCUUCCUCCCAGAAUUUGGUGAAUUCACUGGCUGAAGCUCAGACUGAGGCCUUGUCACUUGUCUUAGAGAAGUCUCCAGACUUUCCAGCUUAUCCAGUAAGUUUAAGAGGGGUGAGAAAACCCUGCCAAGUACCUAGCAUGGGUUACCCGUUGCUCAUGUCAUCUCAAGUUCAAGAAAACCAGAUUCUUAACCAGUUGCUAGGGUAUGGUCAAACUGGCCAUUGGAACAGCAGGACUGCCUCUUCUCCAGAUAGGUCUUCCCCAGCAUCUCUAGACCAACCAUGGGGACCAGUCAAACUGAGGUCAUCAGUCAUGAGACAGCAGCAAUAUCCUACAUCACCCAACUCCACUCAAAUGGAAAGUUUGGCUUUUCUUUCAGCUGGCAAAGCAGAAUGCAGGGAUCUGCAGAGUAUCAUGGAUGGGAUGCCCUUCUCCUCAAUCCAUAUCCAAGAGGCUCUGACCCCUGGCCACCUGAAGAAGGCCAAGUUGAUGUUCUUCUUCACUCGAUAUCCCAGCUCCACUCUGCUGAAAACCUACUUUCUUGAUGUCCAGUUCAACCGCUGCAUCACUUCCCAGCUCAUCAAGUGGUUCAGUAACUUUCGUGAGUUUUACUACAUCCAGAUGGAGAAGUUUGCCCGACAAGCCAUCCUGGAGGGAGUCACAGAUUGUAAAGACCUGAUGGUUUCCCGGAACUGUGAGCUAUUCCGUGCUCUCAACAUGCAUUACAACAAAGGGAACGACUUUGAGGUCCCUGAUCACUUCCUGGAGGUUGCCAGCUUGACCCUCCAGGAGUUCUUCAGUGCUGUCAGGGCAGGAAAAGACUCUGACCCUUCCUGGAAGAAGCCCAUUUACAAAAUAAUUUCAAAACUGGAUAGCGACAUCCCAGAAGCAUUUAAAUCUUCCAGCUGUCCCCAGGAACUGCUUCAGAGCUAAAUCUCUGGGGGAGGAUGUCUGAGACAAUGGUAUAUUGCAACUAGGUAAAGGGGAGGCUGGCUUGAUCUAAGCAGUUGUUGCACCUACCCUAUAUUUUAUGUAUAGCACCCUUUAGAACUGUUUUUAACCUGCUCCGUAACACAGCCUUUUUUGUGAAUUGUAUUCAGUCCCCUAAAGAACCAGUAUUUUAUAUCGCUUGUAGCUCAAAGGAAGUAAUCUUGUAGAGGGAAGACAGUGAUUAAGACAGUAGGCUAAGAGCUGUGUUAUAUUCCUAGCUCUGUCCGAUGUCCUCUGUGCCCUUAAAUAAGUGAUCUCUCUGCUUUGUUUUUGUUUCCUGCAAAUGUCAUUCCUGUUUAUAAAUUACACAGAGAUUCUUGAAUGGAAGUGUCCAAUUAUGACCAAAAGACUACUGAUGGAGCAGACCACAGUCCUAAGGAGACUGUGGCUGUGUAUAAGGCAUCUGGCUACAGCUCCAGAGACAUGAAUUUGAGUCCUGCUCCAGACUUGUGCUGAAGGUUGCCCAGUCAACCCAGCUCUACGUAGCUUUCUGGCCAUUCAGGUUGGGAGUCAACAGUGGCCAGACAUGACACCAGUAACAUCACUCCCCUGUGUCCUGCAGGAUAUAAACUGGAGUGCUUUAACCAUGCUAGCUAGAUGGGUCAUUCAACUCAGGCAAACUUCUCACUUGACUUGGAAGACUCAGCUCAAGGGCAUUUUUUCCCAAACUUAUUAUAACUUCUGAAUGUGACUGCUGGCCAUUUCCUGAAUUUCAGACACCUCAGAUCUAGAAUCAAUGAUCAAUGGGACAAUUAACAUGUCCUGCAUGAAAGGUAAAAGACUGACUUCUUCACUGGUGUUUACAGUUGAACACAUGGAGUGGACAGAUGAUAUGAGAAAAUGCAGAUCCCUUUCAUAAUUCCCUGUCUCCUCCUAUAAGAGCAACAUCAAGCCUUUCCCCACCGGACCUUGUCAGUGUAUUUCUUAGUGUGCACUUCAUAAAUAAAGUCCACCAGAACAUUUUGUUACCCAAUGGCUUUCUCCUUUGCUGCCUCAGGAGACUGGGGUGCCUUUCCACAUUACUAGGUUAGUUUAUUCAUCCCUCUUUUUUACUGAAGCCUCAGGUAGCCUAGCUACAUUUCUACUAGCUGGAAGGGGUAGUGAGCAGUCUCUGUCCUCAUGAUUAACUUUAUGGCUCAUUUGCCAAAUUGUUUGAGUAGCAAUUCAAGACAGCAUGCCUUCUCCUUAGGCUCAAGAACAUCCACAGUGUAAAGCAUUCAAAUGCCACCAUAACUGGAACCAAAAGACAAAGCCACUCCUGUCAUAGGACCCUCAAGACCUGCUUCAGUAAGGAACUGAGGCACUUCAGGGAGAAUAAUCUUUUUCAUAGGUGACUGACUCUGUGGCUGCAGGGAGACCAGUGGAUAUGGUAUACCUUGAUUUUAGGAAGAUUUUUAAUACGGUCUCCCACAAC